CUAUUUAUUAUAUAACAAAUCCUAACAUUGCCCCCUCCUAAAAAAAUUUCUGCGGGCGCCUAUGGAAGUAUACAAACUAUUUAAUGGUUAAAAAAAAGUUUGUAUACAAUUCAACAUCAUAAAACCGCGAAAAUUCAAUAUCUACGGAAAAGAUUUGUUUAGUAUUGCCCCAUAGAUUAUAAUCUAAUAUAUUACAGCUUACAUUCAUACAACGAGUACUUAUUCAAUUUAUACGGCCUAUGUGUAUUUUUUGAUGAAUACUUUAUUAUAGAUACAUAAACGUUGAUAACUAUGAAAAUUCAAGACAAUGACAAACAAAUUUUCAAUCUGGCGUUGGCAAAAUUCAUCGGGUUCUAUCAAGUCGUGGACACCGAAAAAGUAACAUUUCUAGGUCGUCACAACGUUCGGUACAAAAUCUUCGUAUUUCUCAUUGUUUACGAAUGUCUCAUAGCGGCGAUAUUGUUGUUGAAUUGUUUGUAUUAUUCCGAAAACAAUCCAACUGAAUUUAUACGCUAUACCGGGUUUGUAGUAAACAUGUUUUACGCAUCCUACAAGAUGUACAUUGUCCUCAAACGCACAAAAGACAUAUGGGAUUGCUUAUCAAUUACACAGUUCGACUUCACGUCAUACGACCACCGAGACCGGCGUAUAAUACUGGACUUGUGGCGAAAUCGUUCCAUCUGGUUCACGAACACAUUUGUUGUAUUUUCUUUAAUAAUGUUAAUCUUUUAUACGGCAUGUCCGCUAGCAUUUAACGACACGUUUAUAGUGAUGAAAAGUCGUGACGGCUUGUCCAGUAACUAUCGUCUGAACGUGGUCAAUUUGUAUUUAUUCGUCCCGGAAGAAGUUUAUAACGCCUACUUCAAUAUAUUUCACAUCAUCGAAACGUUUGGAAUUUGCAUUUUUGUACUUUUCAUCGUUGUUUUUGAUACUAUUGUGAUGACAUCGUGUUUGGCAUUAUCUUGUCAGUUGCAUAUGAAUUCCGCUGCUUUCGAAUCAGUUGGACAUACAUCCGUAGUUGACUCCCCAAAUAAUAAUAUUGAUAACAAGAUGAAGUUACCUUAUGAAAAUAUUAAUGGAAUAGCUAUGUACAAUAACUUAAAAACAAUUAUAAUAGACCAUCAAAAUGUUCUGAAGAAAUAUGACGAAUUUCUAUCAAUAUUCAAACCAAUAAUGCUAUUAGAAAUAUUUGUCUUGUCGUAUUCAAUCAUUAUACUUUGGCUCAUUUUUCUUACGAAUUUUAUCGUAGGAGAAUUUACAGAUUCUAAGGGAGUGGCAUCGAUGCAGACUUGUUUUGCAAUUCCUUUCUGUAUUAUGCAAAUGUUUAUGUCAUGUUAUGUAUUUGAUAUCUUACACAAUAAAAAAGAUUCUAUGACAUUCGCGUUGUACAGUUGUAAUUGGACAGAAUUCGAUAUGAAAUGUAAAAAAUUGAUUUUGUUAACAAUGGUAAUGAAUGAUGCACAUCACCAAAAAUUACAAUAUACAAGAACGAGAAUUAUUAACUUGGAAAUAUUUUAUCAAACUUUGCGUGUUUGUUACUCAAUUAUAUCCGUGCUAAUAAACUACAGAAACAAUAACUGAUGUUAUUUAACCGAUUUUGAUCAUAGUUAAUAAUGCAUUAUACAAUGCAUAGGUAUAAUUAGAAAAGUAUAAAUUAAAGCACUAAUUUAUGUAUUGUUUUAACACAUUAAAAAAAAUAUUGCACUGUGAAUAUAUAUAUUAAUUUAGUAGCUAUAACACAUUAUUAUGUUUAUAUUAAAUUAAUGAAAAUCGUAGAUUAAUUAAAUUUAUUGUACAAUAUUAUGUGUUUUAAUUUCUGACACUUUUUAGAGUUGAAAAAAGCUUAAAUCAUCAACUUCGAGAAAAUCUUCUACAUUCUAUCUUCUAAGUUUUAGUAUUAUAUGUUGGAUCAAAUUUAGGGAAGGGCUACAAUUUUAUAAGUUACACAGACCUAACAUUGAUAGGUAAUAAGUUAUAACUGAAAUAAUAUAAUAUUUGGGGGUUAGCUCCACCCUAGCCCCACAUUAUUUCGCUUAUGAUUUCGUAGUAUUUUUAAAGAAUUAAUAUCAUGUAGAAACUUUAAAUAGGUAUACCUACUCCAUUAUUACUUAAAUUACCAUUUUCUA